GGCCUAAGACAGAAAGUACCCAGGUUUCAGACUUAAGAAAUCCUCAUUACACUGCUUUCAGUUGUUUUUCAUGAAAGAAAUGACCAAUGAUACUUUGUAAACCGUUUACCUGGCCGUAAGUGAUUAGGUGAGAAAACCGUUAGUGGACACCAGAAUGAUCUGGAGAGGAUUAGGGAUGGCUCUUUGGGACAUUUUUACUCUAGUUUCAUGGGUGGAGAUUGCAGCUGCUGUGGUCUGCAGCAUGCGAGUAAAGACACCAGGUGGCACCAUUUAUUAGCUUUUACUCCCAUGGAGAGGUUGCAUCAUGUAACUAGCAAGAGGUUGAGGGAACCAACUAUCUCUUGCAUAUUGUAGCUAAUGGUUCUUGCCUUCUUCCUCCAGACUUGGGAAAUAAAUUUGAAAAUCGUAUUUUAUGUUUCAUAAUAUUUGCAGUGCAUGGUUGAAGGGAAGAAGGCCACAUGCUAUUGCCAGUUGGUCUUCUGGGAGAUGACAUCCAUCAUCUCCAUGUCAACUUGUGAGCUUUACAAAUCUCAUUUUUAGUAUGUGGCUACAGUAUACACAAGCACAUAUGUGCUUUGCCACCUGGCUGUACAAGGCUCAACAUUUGUACACAAGCAAUGAGUUUACAGGUUCUUCCCUCUUGCUAUCACAUGUCUUCUCCACAGGGCUUCAAAAGAUCUGGGUAGGGUGAGAGAGAUACACCAGUGUAGUAUUUCCUUGGGUCCCUUGUCUUUGGCUUAGGCUUUUUCAUAAGGUAUAAUAAUUUCUUAGAGGUUCGUCCCUCUUGCAGACACAUGUCAUCUCCACAGGGAUUCAAAAGAUCUGGAUAGGGUGAGACGGACACACUAGUGUACUGUUCCCUUGGGGCCCAAGUCUCUGGGUUAGGCUUUUUCAUAAUUUCUUAUGGUAGUAAGUGGAGAAUACAGAGGAAAUACGUAUUUCAUGUAACAUUUCCGUGUAUUCCCUCUGCCUCCCCCGACAUGAGUUAGAAAAACUACCCCUCGAUCUAGUAUCAGCAAGCUCGACAGUGACCUCAACAAGGAACAGCCCUAGAGAAAAGGAUUCACAAGUAAAUGGAACGAGGAAAGAUCUGGAGCAACGAAGUGCUGGUCAGCUUUAGCUGAGGAAGCACAAUGGGACGUCGGAGGCUAAAGAAACCAUGAAACCUGCAGUAUUAUUAACAUAGCAUAUUCACUUGUCUUCUCUUGCCCCCGCACGCCCAAAGCUCUGUUCAAGGCCACCCUUUCCCCUUUCAUAAUGACCAAUCAGGUUGCCCAGUGCAAAAACACUAUUAAAUUCUUAGCUAUUAAAUUGCGUUAUUCAGAAUAAUCCUUUCCACGUUGAGUCUACGUGCCGGACUGGCUGCGAGCAGAAACUACCCUCAGGCGCUUUAAAUCUCAACACUUGUGGUCGCUGGGAGCAGAGCUCUUACUGUAGCUCAGUCUUGUAAUUCUGAGCUACGAGUUUCAGCUACGGUCCCUCGGGCCUAUCAAAUGGCAACGUUAACACCCUGGAGGCGUGGUUAUCGUCUUGGGGCUCUGGGAAGUGCAGUUACAUGGGGGACCAGGCCUGAUAAUACCAUAAAAGGCUUGAUUCUCUCAAUUCUGAAGCCAUGUUCUGUUGACCUUCCUCUAAAAGCGGUACCCGCAAUUGUGCGGAUUUCGUGGUUCUCUAGUCCCACGCCGUCUGCUUCCUGGGCCCUUUCAUUGGCUCCGCCCCCGUAAAUCUUGCUCGUCCACUCUGGAAGCGCUCUCCUGACUACAGGCCGCGCCCCUCGCAUCGGCUCCGCCCACCUGGCGCGCAGCUUGGCCCAGGCGGUAGUUCGCGUUUUGAGCCGAUCGUGCCACCAUAGCUCCUGCUGCUGCCUGUACCGCUGCCGCUACAGCGGCGGAGCUGAAAUUGCCGAACGCGAUGCCCGAGGGCGCUGUGAGCGGGGUGGCCCUCGCUCGCCGAGGCUGGUCAGUGAGAGGGCAUAUUGGGAAGCCCUGUGGAGUGGAAAGACAGUGCCGCUGUUGAGACAAGACCCAGUACUGUGCCGGGGACUGUCCCAAGGGGUUUCUCGUCAUAAUGGCUGUGGAAGGGUCAACCAUUACCAGCCGAAUCAAGAAUCUGUUGAGAUCUCCAUCCAUCAAACUGCGCAGGAAUAAGGCAGGAAACCGACGAGAGGACCUCAGCUCCAAGGUGACCUUGGAGAAGGUGCUGGGAAUUACAGUGUCUGGAGGCAGAGGACUUGCCUGUGACCCCCGGUCAGGUUUAGUUGCCUACCCAGCAGGGUGUGUGGUUGUGUUGUUCAAUCCCCGGAAACACAAACAGCACCACAUCCUCAACAGUUCCAGGAAAACCAUCACUGCCCUUGCCUUCUCCCCCGAUGGCAAGUACUUGGUCACCGGAGAGAGUGGGCACAUGCCCGCCGUGCGGGUUUGGGACGUGGCAGAGCGCAGCCAGGUGGCCGAGCUGCAGGAGCACAAGUAUGGUGUGGCUUGUGUGGCCUUCUCUCCUAGCGCCAAGUACAUCGUCUCUGUGGGCUACCAGCAUGACAUGAUCGUCAACGUGUGGGCCUGGAAGAAAAACAUUGUGGUGGCCUCCAACAAGGUGUCCAGUCGGGUGACAGCAGUGUCCUUCUCUGAGGAUUGCAGCUACUUUGUCACUGCAGGCAACCGGCACAUCAAAUUCUGGUAUCUCGAUGACAGCAAGACCUCAAAGGUGAAUGCCACUGUGCCCCUGCUGGGCCGCUCAGGGCUGCUGGGAGAGCUGCGGAACAACCUAUUCACUGAUGUGGCCUGUGGCAGAGGGAAGAAGGCGGACAGCACCUUCUGCAUCACGUCCUCGGGGCUGCUGUGCGAGUUCAGUGAUCGAAGGCUUUUGGACAAGUGGGUGGAGCUGAGGACCACAGUGGCCCACUGCAUCUCUGUGAGCCAAGACUACAUCUUCUGUGGCUGUGCUGAUGGCACCGUGCGCCUUUUCAACCCCUCUAACCUGCACUUCCUUAGCACCUUGCCCCGACCCCAUGCUCUGGGGACAGACAUUGCCAGCAUCACUGAGGCCAGUCGCCUCUUCUCUGGAGUGGCCAAUGCCAGGUAUCCAGACACCAUUGCCUUGACCUUUGAUCCUACUAAUCAGUGGCUGUCUUGUGUGUACAACGAUCAUAGCAUUUAUGUUUGGGAUGUGAGGGACCCCAAGAAAGUGGGCAAGGUGUACUCGGCUCUGUAUCAUUCUUCCUGCGUCUGGAGUGUGGAGGUCUACCCCGAGGUGAAGGACAGUAACCAGGCCUGCCUGCCCCCCAGUUCCUUCAUUACCUGCUCCUCAGACAACACCAUCCGCCUAUGGAACACAGAGAGCUCCGGGGUGCAUGGCUCCACCCUCCACCGAAACAUCCUCAGCAGUGACCUCAUUAAAAUCAUCUAUGUGGAUGGGAACACCCAGGCCCUGCUGGACACAGACCUGCCUGGAGGAGACAAAGCGGAUGCGUCCCUGAUGGAUCCCCGCGUGGGCAUCCGCUCGGUGUGUGUCAGCCCCAAUGGACAGCAUCUAGCAUCAGGGGACCGUAUGGGCACACUUAGGGUGCACGAACUUCAGUCCCUGAGUGAAAUGCUGAAGGUGGAGGCCCAUGACUCUGAGAUUCUGUGCCUGGAGUAUUCUAAGCCAGACACAGGUCUGAAACUGCUAGCAUCAGCGAGCCGGGACCGGCUGAUCCACGUCCUGGAUGCCGGGCGGGAGUACAGCCUACAGCAGACACUGGACGAACACUCAUCCUCCAUCACUGCUGUCAAGUUUGCAGCCAGCGACGGGCAAGUCCGCAUGAUCAGCUGUGGAGCAGACAAGAGCAUCUACUUCCGCACUGCGCAGAAGUCUGGAGAUGGAGUACAGUUCACGCGGACACACCAUGUGGUACGGAAGACGACCCUCUAUGACAUGGAUGUGGAACCCAGCUGGAAGUACACGGCCAUCGGCUGCCAGGACCGAAAUAUUCGGAUAUUUAACAUCAGCAGCGGGAAGCAGAAGAAGCUGUUUAAAGGGUCACAGGGUGAGGACGGCACACUCAUCAAGGUGCAGACAGACCCCUCAGGGAUCUACAUUGCCACCAGCUGUUCCGACAAGAAUCUCUCCAUUUUUGACUUCUCCUCAGGCGAGUGUGUGGCCACCAUGUUUGGCCACUCAGAGAUUGUCACUGGCAUGAAAUUUAGUAAUGAUUGCAAACAUCUCAUCUCUGUGUCUGGGGACAGCUGCAUAUUUGUGUGGCGCCUGAGCUCUGAGAUGACCAUCAGCAUGAGGCAGCGUCUGGCCGAGCUGCGCCAGCGUCAGCGGGGUGGCAAGCAGCAAGGACCGUCCUCUCCCCAAAGGGCUCCUGGACCCAACCGGCACCAGGCCCCAUUGAUGCUGUCUCCUGGACCUGCUGUCUCAUCAGACAGUGACAAGGAGGGAGAAGAUGAGGGGACUGAAGAAGAACUUCCAGCACUGCCCGUCCUUGCCAAGAAUACCAAGAAAGCACUGGCCUCAGUCCCCAGCCCUGCCUUGCCCCGAAGCCUGUCCCACUGGGAGAUGAGUCGGGCACAGGAGUCCAUGGGGUUCCUGGACCCAGCUCCCGCAGCCAACCCAGGACCCAGAAGAAGGGGGCGCUGGGCUCAGCCAGGUGUGGAGCUGAGCGUUCGAUCCAUGCUGGACCUACGGCAGCUGGAAACGCUGGCUCCAAGCCCACGGGGCCCUAGCCAGGACUCGCUGGCCACCGUCUCAUCUGGUCCCAGGAAGCAUGGGCAGCAGGCCCUUGAGACUUCACUCGCUAGCCAGAAUGAAAAGUCCCCUCGGCCUCAGGCUUCCCAACCCUGUUCCUGUCCCCAUAUUAUCCGAUUAUUGUCACAAGAGGAAGGGGUCUUUGCCCAAGAUCUGGAACCUGCACCCGUUGAAGAUGGUAUUGUCUACCCGGAGCCGAGUGACAGCCCCACCAUGGAUACCAGUGAGUUCCAGGUGCAGGCUCCAGCCCGGGGAACUCUGGGAAGAGUGUACCCAGGCAGCAGGAGCUCAGAAAAGCACAGCCCUGACAGUGCCUGCUCUGUGGAUUACAGCAGCAGCUGCCUUUCCAGCCCCGAGCACCCCACUGAAGAUUCUGAGAGCACGGAGCCCCUCAGUGUGGAUGGCAUCUCUUCAGACCUUGAAGAGCCAGCUGAGGGUGAUGAAGAAGAGGAGGAGGAGGAGGGAGGCAUGGGCCCCUAUGGGCUGCAGGAGGGCAGUCCCCGGACUCCAGACCAGGAGCAGUUUCUGAAACAGCACUUUGAGACUCUGGCCAAUGGAGCUGCUCCAGGGGCCCCAGUGCAGGUGCCAGAGAGGUCAGAGUCUCGGAGCAUCUCUUCACGAUACCUGUUGCAAGUACAGACCCGCCCACUCAGGGAACCAUCCCCAUCCUCCUCAAGCCUGGCAUUGAUGUCGAGACCAGCCCAGGUGCCACAGGCAUCUGGUGAGCAGCCGAGAGGCAAUGGUGCCAGUCCCCCCGGAGCACCCCCGGAGGUAGAACUGUCCUCCGGCAACCCCAGCCCCCAGCAGGCAGCCUCUGUGCUGUUGCCACGAUGCCGUCUCAACCCUGACAGCAGCUGGGCUCCCAAGAGAGUGGCCACAGCCAGCCCCUUGUCUGGACUCCAGAAGGCCCAGUCUGUGCACAGUCUGGUGCCACAGGAAAGAAAUGAGGCCACUCUGCAGGCCCCUUCACCAGGCCCACUGCUCUCUCGGGAGAUGGAAGCUCAGGAUGGUCUGGGCUCCCUGCCCCUAGCUGAUGGCCCUCCGUCUCGGCCUCACUCCUAUCAGAACCCCACCACCAGUUCCAUGGCCAAGAUAUCCCGCAGUAUCUCUGUUGGGGAGAACCUGGGCCUGGUGGCUGAACCUCAAGCUCCUGCCCCCAUCCGAGUCUCACCACUCAGCAAGCUGGCCCUGCCCAGCCGGGCUCACCUGGUCCUGGACAUCCCCAAACCACUGCCUGACCGUCCUACCCUGGCUGCAUUCUCUCCUGUCACCAAAGGCCGGACCCCUGGCGAGGCAGAAAAGCCUGGCUUCCCAUUGGGCCUAGGAAAAGCUCACAGUACAACUGAGAGAUGGGCCUGUUUGGGGGAGGGUACCACUCCCAAGCCUAGGACAGAGUGCCAGGCUCAUCCGGGGCCCAGCAGCCCCUGUGCCCAGCAACUGCCAGUCAGCAGCCUCCUCCGAGGCCCUGAAACCUUGCUGCCCCCACCCCCUGAGAAGACUCCCAACCCCAUGGAAUGCACCAAGCCAGGGGCAGCCCUGAGCCAGGACUCAGAGCCAGCGGUGAGCCUGGAGCAGUGUGAGCAGAUGGUGGCAGAGCUCCGCGGUAGCGUGCGCCAGGCCGUGCGGCUCUACCACUCGGUGGCUGGCUGCAAGAUGCCCUCAGCAGAGCACAGUCGGAUUGCCCAGCUCCUCAGAGACACCUUCUCUUCAGUGCGACAGGAGCUGGAAGCCCUGGCUGGGGCAGUGCCGUCCAGCCCAGGCGGCAGCCCUGGGGCUGUGGGAGCCGAGCAGACACAGGCCCUGCUGGAGCAAUACUCAGAACUGUUGCUUCGAGCUGUGGAACGGCGCAUGGAACGCAAACUCUGAGUUCCGGAAGCCUGUCCCAAGUGAAUGAAUGCCCCAGCGAUUCCAAACUGCAGCCCCUCUGCCACUCACCAAAACCCACGGGGCUGCUUGGAUUGGAAAGCAGGGAGCAGUGUUCAGAGGCAAAGCAGCCUUCCUAGCCGCUCCUCAUAGGGCGCCUGUAUUUAUUAAUUUAUUUUCCUGACUGUUGCCUCACUUCCUUGGAACUCCUGCCUCCACAGCCCCUCCAGUGGCAGGGACAGGUCUUGGGUCUUUGUCAUCUUGGUGCUGUGAGAGGUAGGAGGGCAGCUUGCCCCAUCUAGGAAUCUGGGAAGGGCUGGCCCUCUCUUAGAAGCCAUUUGAAAUUACUGCAGGGAUCAGCUCCCUGGGGUGGAGCAUACACAGGGUACUCUGGGGUCGAGGUGAGGUGAUGUGGUAUUCAGGGCCCUUCAGCCAACUGUGGGCCUUCACUUCUACCUCCACUGCCCCUCUCACACCAGCUGCACUCCCCUGGCUGCCAGAGCAGGGUGGUUUUCCCCAAUACCUGGCAGCUCAGAAAGGCAGAGCCGUCAGGCCCUCCAGGGUGUCCCCAGCCAUCAGGAGACUUGAAUUGGUAUUAGGACCUGAGCCCCCACAUUCCACUCCUAUUCUCCCUCCAAGAGGGGCCCAGCAUUGUCUUUCCCUGUGACCCCUUUCUCUCCUGGCCGGAACUUGAGCCAACUGUGGGAUGUUGCUGCGGGACAGUAAGCCCUCACCUGGGCAAACACGAAGCUCUGGCCUCCUUUCCUCAGCCCCUUGUUCUUACCUGUUCUCCAGCCCUGGACCCCAGCCGGCUGCUGGAGCCCAGAGGCCACCUUCUUGCAUCCUGAGUGAUGCUCAGUCAGAAGCCUGUGUUGGAAUGUCCCUCGUUUACAGGGCGCUGGCCCACCUCCUGAGGACCUCGGCCACAGAUGAGAUCACACACAUGCAUGCGCACACACGUGUACACACACGUAUACACACACACGCCUACCUGCACAGCACGCAGUUGGGUGUUGGUUGCUCGAGUAUCCGGCUGGCUGCUGUGUGCCUGGUUUCCUCACAUCCUGCCUCAGCUUCACCACCCUGGCUUAUGUGGAACACGUAUUAGGGAGCAGAAAAGGGGCGCAGCACACUAAGCGAACCCAGAUUCUGGAUUCUUGGUGUCCACCGCCUAGCUGAUAGGAGAUGGCCCAUAGGACACCUGGUUUAGGUAGAAGGAGCCUCCUCAAAGGCAGUGCUGGGCACCCACGGUGUGUGCUGGAUGCUGUGAGAGGAGGGAGGUGCCAGGGCCAAAGGAGACACUAGAAAAGUGGUAGAUGGGACAGAUAAGUGGCAGAGGUGAGGGGAUAGGUUACAAUGUAAAAGGGCAGUAAUUAGGCGUGAGGGGAAGGAGAUAGGGGAUCGUAGGAGGUAGAGUGGGACCAAGUUGUGAGGCAGUUGAAGAGUUGAGGAAAGGUGUCUGUGGGCCUUGCUGCUCCCCUCUGCUCCAGGUAAGUCAGAGCAGCUUUACCACGGCUUCAGGCUACGAGAGCCCCUUCACCCGCCCUGCUGUGCAGAAGCUUAUAAAGAAAUGGGUUCCGGACCAGGCGUGGUGGCUCACGCCUGUAAUCCCAGCACUGUGGGAGGCCGAGGCCGGCAGAUCAGGAGGUCAGGUGAUAAGAGACCAGCCUGGCCAACAUGGUGAAACCCUGUGUCUAGUAAAAAUGCAAAAGUUAGCCGGGCCUAGUGGCAUGCGCCUGUAAUCCCAGCUACUUGGGUGGCUGAGGCAGGAGAAUCACUUGAACCCUGGAGAUGGAGGUUGCAGUGAGCCGAGAUCGCGCCAUUGCACUCCAGCCUAGGUGACAAAGAGAGACGCCAUCUCAAAAAAAAAAAUGGGUUCCGAAGGGUGCCCAGCUCCGGGACAUCAGCCUGAGUGCGCUUGAGCUGCUCUAAACCUGGCCAUUCCCCACUCCUCUAGCACCGCCACCCGCAUGGCCCCGGAACUCCCGCUGCGCCCCGACCUCCCACACCAGCCGCGCCCACCGCAGGUGGGACUCAGGUUCGCCCUCUGGGCCAGGUCCUUCACGAGGAGGGAGCUACCCUCCGCCUGAGGUUUGUGAGAACGUGGCCGCCCUUUUCCUGCCCUCUGCCCCAUGUGGGUGAGGGGCGUCGUGGCCCGGCCGGCACCCCGUCCCCUUCUGCAUGUCUGAGGCCACCGGCAACCGCCGUCCAACUCCAGAUUUGCCCCUGCCCAGUUUUGAAAGCCCCUUAUUUAUAACUUUUCUACUUUGUGCAGGUCGCGGCGCUUCCCGCCUCCUCUUCGGCUGUACGGGCCGGGGGGCUGUUUUUAACAUGCCCGUUUGUACUGAUGUAUGAACUUGUCAAUAAACACAAUUGUUUGUUAA